AUGACAACUGAUGCCGGCAACACCCCAGAAUUGGCCUCCCUACCAUCCGAACUCCUCUGUCAACUAUUCACCUACCUCCCAAAUCGAAAAUUGAUCACUGAGAUUCCGUUGCGUACCGAACACCUGGUCCAUCAACCGGAAUGCGAAGUGUCCCAUCCCAACUACCAACCCAAACGCUCAUUCCACUCAAUGCGAACCGCCCGUUCGAGAUUCAGAGACUGGGAGACGCAGACGGUGCACGUGGCACUUGGCCACUCGGCUACUGUAGACUCGGUGCUGCUAUUCAAGACUGAGCAACAGCACAAACAAUUCUGUCUAUCCGGCUCGCGGGACCGAACGAUACGUCUGUGGGAUCUGGAGAAUGUGAGGAACGGUGUGGAGGACACGUGGACGGUCGCCAAGGAUGAGACCGCCCAUUUGGGAUGGAUUUGGAAUAUGGCGAGGGACGACACUACGGCCACCGGCUCGCCCAACGAAUUGGUCUGCACCACGUUCGCCAAGCGUGUAGCUGUCAUCGACGAUCGCUCAUCUGAAAUUGUCGCCGAGCACAAACUACACAAACGGGCGGUCAUUGCGUUGGCUGUAGAUGGAAAUCGGAUUUACACGAGUUCCGAGGAUCGUAUUAUGAUGAUGGUGGAUAGACGACAAAUGGGACGAGCGCUGCUUUUUGAAUACUCUCCAUCGUGCUACAAAUCGUGCCUCUCCCUGCAACGUGAUCAGCUGCUCACAUCGACUUCAGAUGGAAAAGUCAAACUUUAUGAUGCCAAAAAUUUCAACGUACUGCAGACGUAUACGGUCGGCUCCUACACCCGCCAAGUACAACUGGACCAUGGAGCGCACUUGGUGAUGGCGCGAAGCGCGCGGACGAGAUAUAAAUUUAGUAUCUUCAGCCCAGGAACCCGUAGUCGACAAUGGGGCGCGUCUCACGAGCUGGCUGCCGAACCAGCCAAAUUUGACUAUCUACCAUCCACAAAAACGUUGGCAAUCGGAAAUGGCGAUAGCUCGAUUUUGUUCUGCUUCCCACCAUCGGAAAAUGCUGAAAAUUUGGCUGAAAAUGUGGAGAAUUUGGCUGAAAAUCCUGCUGAAAAUCCACCGAAUUUGGAAUAA